GCUGUCUCCGCCCGCGCCACCGCCCCAGCCCCGGCCGCAGAGAUUGAGAGGAACCGGAGGAGCCGGAGCCGCUGCCGCCGUCGCCGCCUUUGCCUCUGCUGCCCGCCUCGCCUGCACCGCCAUGGGGGUGGAAGGCUGCACCAAGUGCAUCAAAUACCUCCUCUUCGUCUUCAACUUCAUCUUCUGGCUGGCUGGAGGCAUCAUCCUGGGAGUGGCCCUGUGGCUCCGGCAUGACUCGCAGACGACGAAUAUCCUCUACCUGCAGCUGGGGGACAAACAGGCCCCCAACACCUUCUACGUGGGAAUCUACAUCCUGAUUGCAGUUGGAGCUGUCAUGAUGUUCGUGGGGUUCCUGGGAUGCUAUGGUGCUAUUCAGGAAUCUCAGUGCCUUCUGGGAACGUUCUUCACUUGCCUCGUGAUCCUGUUUGCCUGUGAAGUUGCAGCUGGAAUUUGGGGAUUUGUCAACAAAGACCAAAUAGCCAAAGAUGUGAAGCAGUUCUACGACCAAGCAUUUCAGCAAGCACUGAUGGCAGACUCGGAGUCGAGCAACGGGAAAGCUGUAGUGAAGACCUUCCAUGAAACGCUGGACUGCUGUGGUCCUGAUACUGCAGUAUCAGUUAUCACUCCCCUGUGGAGAGACGACCUCUGCCCAAAGAAGGAUUCCUUGCUGGAGACUUUUACUCAGUCCUCAAGCUGCCACAAAAAAAUUGAUGAGCUGUUUUCUGGGAAGCUCUACCUGAUCGGUAUCGCUGCCAUCGUCGUUGCUGUGAUCAUGAUCUUCGAGAUGAUCCUGAGCAUGGUGCUGUGCUGUGGCAUAAGGAACAGCUCCGUCUACUGAGCCGUGAGAGCCAGGGAGGGGAAGGGGGAAGCAGGGCUGACGGCGCUAGAGGGGACCCCAAGUGCCACCAAGUGACCAGGAGACAUUUCAACAAAAGAUAGAGAAAACUAUGUAUAUAAAUACUUCCAAUAUUACCAUACAGUACUUAUCAUUUUUAUUUUGAAGUACUUUUUUUUUUUUUUUUUAAUAAAUAAAACUUUCCCAUAUCCUUGUGGCUGAGUUAGUUACACAUCAGUUUUGUGUGAUGGGGAAAGCUGCUGUAGCAGGAGAUUGAGUCCUUCCUCCUCUUUCCCCAUCCCCUGUAACUCAGAAAUUGUGGACAAUGUACAGAGGAAAAAGGCUGCAGCCCGAUAUCAGAAAAAAAUUGCCUUGGUUUUUUAAAAAAAAUCUCUUUUUUGACACAGCCUUUUUUUUUUAUACGCAUAAUUGGAUGCUGAAUCAGAAUUUAGCAUUUUCAUUCAUUUCUUCUCAGCUUUUCCUACCAUCACCCCAACUCCCUGGCUCUUCCAUGCUCUCUUAGGGAAAGCUGGCUGGCUGCCCAAAGCUUGGGAGAGAGGAGAGGAGAGGAAAGGGCCCCCAUAGCCUGAGUGCAAUGUGUCCCCAGGGGAAAUGCUGGGGCAUUGUUCUUCUCCAACCUGCUUGCAGUGCUAGGUCAGUCCUUAAUACAAGUCAUGCUUAAAUUGUUUAAAUCUCUGAAGAGUGGGGUUGUUUUUGGCUUUUUUUUUUUUUUCCUUGGGGCUCUAACUUUAUAAAUUGGCUCAUGUCCACUGAUUGGUUACACUAAAGCAUCAGCAGCUGGGAAUGGGUUUUAGUCCCAGAUUUUUAACUGUAACAAGCUGAAAAUGAAGUUGCUUUUUUUAACCUUCUUCAUUGUUUCUUGAAAGACACAUGCUCGUGAGAGAGUCUAGCUCUAUACCAAGUUUCCACUGUUAAGCUAAUGCUUGCAUACAAAUGAUGUUGGAAAAAAAGGAGAAAACUUUAGGAAAAAAACAAAAAAAGUCCUUAACCUAAGAAAUCCUGCACUUAUGUAUUGCAGGGUGCAUGUAUGUAUUGCUAUGUGCAUUCAUCUUUCAGAUUUCAUCUUUGCAUCUCUCUCUUGUUCAAUGAGAUUUUCCUGACUUACAGAAAAUCCUCAUACACUGUAACAUUGCUAAGAAACCUGAUUUUGGAAAAAAAAAAUAAUAAUUUUAAGACUUUCCACUUCCAGUCACAUCAAUGGCAGGAGAUCAGCUCAUCAAAGCUGAUCAGGCUUUUAGAUCACACCAGAUGAAAACACUUUCUUGUGACCUGGUAAGCUUUGAUUGCCAGUUUGAUGUCUGUGGCUUCCUCAAAUGCCACUCUGUUAUCUGUAGAUAGAGGGGGGGAGAGUGACCCAGGAGCUAUGUAAUAAAAUCAGAGUGUCUCUAAAAAGAUGAUCUAUAUGUAUAGUUCUAUAGAUAUAUAUUUUUAAGAAAAGCCUUUUCCUUACCCAUAUGGGCACUUGAGCUGGAAACUCUCAGCUCCUUGCCCCCCUUGAAGCAAGCAAGGGGAGGAGUUGAAAGUAGUGAUCACCUUCCCCACUUCAGGAAUAAUUUUGGUCCUUCAAGUCUUUUUCACUCUCCCUCUUCAUUGCAAUGAAGAACUUCAGAUCAGCCAGGGAGGGAGACCCAUGACCACUGGGCAACAGCACCUUGUCCAUGGAUGCCAUGGCCUUUGCCAAGACAGGAUGGGGAAUUCCUGCACUGGGGCAAACUGAUCCAUUUGGAGGCUCUUUCCCCCUUCCAUUCUUCCCUUUCCUCUUCCUGCCUUCUAGUAUAUAGGGCCUUUAAAAAGUAUAUAGGUAAAUAUAUAUAUAUAUAUAUAUAUCUCAAGUUGUGCUGGGUGAGAGGAGGAAGUGCUUCAACAGAACUUUGCAUCGAGGGGUGGGACAAGAAAAGAUUCAGCCUUAGAAAUAGCCUUAAAGCAACACUGCCCUGAAUGUCCACGUUAUGCACAUGGUGAAUGAGAUGGGGUUUUGCAGUAGGUAACCCCUUCCCCUUGCUCCCCAGCACAGCUCCUUCAGGUCAUCUACUCUGUUAUGUGGAUAUAUGUAUAUGCAUCAACCAAGCAUGUGUGUUUACGUAGCUGUGCACCACCAGGAUUGUUAGCAUACAGAAUGGAUGUGUAACUUGCCACCUUUUUUUUUUUGUUGUUGUUGUUGUUGACUGUUGAUAAAUGUGUAUAAAUAUGCCAUUAAGCAUUUCAUUUCUGUUUUCUUUCCUUAUGCCUAUUUUUUUUUUAUAUUGUUCAGUAUUCAGUUGAUGCUGUGGAUGUAGCUGGAGCUCUGUUUGAAGGUGGGCUGGAUCCUGAUGCAGCUCAGGUGUUGCCUUUGACAUUGUAGCUUAAGGGGAGUGGGUUGUUUCUCUGGGAAAAAGUGGUACCUGAGGAGGGAGUCUGAGACCUGUGGAAGGAGGAAGAGCAGGGUGGUUGCUCAGAUUAUGUCCUGCAUGGGCUGUGAUUUGCUCUGGGGCUCAUUUCAGGGUGGAUUGUCACCCUGGGCCACCUCCCAUCCGUGUGGUUGCUGCAGGAGGGAACCAGCCAGGGGCUGGGAAGGUCAUGGGAGGGGACAGAAGGAAUUUUGCAGAGAGAGGGUAAUGCUUUCUUUAGCUGAGAGUUCCCAUGGUCAGUGGACAUCAGCUGUAGCAGGAGGCAUCAGGUCUUGGAGAAGAAGAGCGGAGAGGAACCAUCAUGCUUAACAAUACUGAAGUAGCUGAAAAAAACUCAGAAAAAAAAUUUCCUACUUGGGUCUCCUCUUAUCUGACCUCCUGGAGGAUGGACCAGUGUUAAAACAAACUAGAGAGAGCUAUGAAGGGCAGAAGGGAUUCACCCUUUUGCAGGCACUCAGGAUCCAGAAGUGACAGAGCUUUCCUGCCAGUUGCUUUGUCCCAAAGCUGGCUGAGGUCAAGGGGAAAAAGCCACAAGGUUGUACCCCUUGCCCUGCCUUACAGCCUCUCCUGCACACCUGGAAAUCAGUGUGUGUAACAUGGGGGACCCAUCCAGAUUCUCUCUACACCUCCUAAAAAAAACAAACCAAACCAAGGAUAAAAUUGUGAGCUGUAAAUACUCCCUCUCUCGGGGAGCAUCCUCCUGGAGCAAGGGACAGCUGAGGAAAUGGGUGUGAGGAGUGGAGGGGAUGCGGGGAGGAAAAGAGAGAUUGGUGGGGAAAAGGGAACCAACUGUCCAAGUGUCUAAGUUCAGAAACCACACUGAAAGGUCAAACAGAGCUGCUGACAGCUUAACUGAAUGCUUGGGAUUUUUUUCAUACUGUGGAGCAUGCCACAAAAGCAGUGUGUUUUAACUUCUUUCUGCCUUUAUUUUUUUUUUUUUUUAAAAAAAAAAAAAGAAACGAGACAAAAAUCGACUUAAUAAACAUUUCUCAUAGUGUGCAUAGUGUGAUGAAGUGCUGCAGUUUUACAACCAGUUAACCUUAACACCAGGAUGCUUUGUGAACCAGGCUUCAACAGCAUGGGUUUUUCCAGCCUCUGGGAGGGGGGGGACACAUCCAGAAUGGUGCUGAGGGAAGGCCAAAAGGUUGCUCACCAGCAGUGGUGGUUGUUGCAAUUGUGAUCCCCCCACUCCCUCAAGGAAAGGGGGGUAAAGCUGUGGGGGAGCUAAUGGGAUCACCUAAAAAUGAGGGUGACUGCAGAAAAUCAGAGGGGCUGAGGUGGCAGUACUGCACCCAGCCCCAAGGAGCUUCUGAAGUGACCAAAAAAAAAAAAAAAAUUGGCCCAAAAUGCCUUCUGCAGCCAGGGGCUGCUCUGAAUUUUGUGGCUGGUUUGGUAACUCCACUGGUUCUGCCACUGCCUGCCCCUCCUCACCAUUAGGGGAAAGCAUAAAAGGGAGGCCAAGUGCUGUGAUCCCACAGCUCUCUGCCUUCCCCUGCCCUGUCUUGGACUUCCCACUGCAUUUGGAGGAGGAAUGUGCUGUGGCAGCCACCAGCCAUGGGCUCUGCCUGGAUGGAGAGGGAGGGAAUGCCAGGUGAGGGUGAGUCAAGUUCAGCUGCCA